CCCCCCUGUCCUCAUGUCCAUCAAGGCUUCCUGUGUGGUGUGAGGUGAGUGUCUGCUGCAGCAGAUGUGGGUGACCAGAUCCUGCCUAAGCAGCACGCUGGAGAUGUGGGUGUUCAGCUGUAGCAUGAAAUAGCAUGCAGCAGAGCUGUGCUAUGAAAACGAGACUUUCUGGUCCAGAGGCAACGCAUCAUCCCAGGAACACACCUGGUUGUUCAUCUGCCAUCCUGCAGCGGUGCGAAGGUUUUGGGGCAGCGGGCGAGGGGUUGGCGUGGGGUGAACAGGACCAGAGGGUGCCCGUUCCCACACCUCGCUGCUCCUCCUGCCAGCAGCGGAGCUGCCCCACCAGGCUGAUGCCAGCAGAUCGGAGCAGACUCGUUCCAGCCAGACCCGGGCCAGCUCCUCCAGAACCGGAGAUGCUUGGAAAAUACCUCUGAGAGGCGAAAAGGACUCGGGUUACAGCUCCGGGGUGGAUCGGGGCUCCUGCAAGGGCCCGCCUAGGGGAGGACCCAAGGAGGGACGGGCUCGCAGAGCUCUUGCAAACUUGCCUUUAGAAGCCCGUGGUUCGCAGCCCAUCACGGACCGAAGCUUGCCUGAAACUUUUCUUGGAAGGCACUUGGCUCUUUCUGGCUUGGGAAGCACCUCUGCCCUCCCGAGAUGGGGAUCUCCUUGCUGAAGAGCUGGCCUGGUUUCCUGUGGUGGGGGGACCAAUGCUAAAUGUCAGGUUUGGAUGCGGUGGUUGUGCUUCCAGGACAGCAGCGAUGAAGCACUGCUUUUACAAUGAGACGGUGGGGUUCUUCUACAACAACAGCCGCAAGGAGCUGACCACGUACUGGAGGACGAAGGACGUCCUGGUGGUUGCCCUGGGCCUGACGGUGAGCGUCAUCGUGCUGCUGACCAACCUGCUGGUCAUCACCGCCAUCAUCAUCAACCGCCGCUUCCACUACCCCAUCUACUACCUGCUGGGCAACUUGGCAGCUGCUGACCUCUUCGCUGGCAUCGCCUACAUGUUCCUCAUGUUCCACACGGGGCCCAGGACUGCAGAGCUCUCCCUGAAGACUUGGUUCAUCCGUCAGAGCCUGUUGGACACCAGCCUGACCGCCUCCGUGGUGAACCUGCUGGCAAUCGCGGUGGAGAGGCACCAGACUGUUUUCACCAUGCAGUUGCACAGCAAAAUGUCCAACCAGCGCGUGAUGAUCCUCAUCUUCUGCAUCUGGGUCACGGCCCUGCUGCUGGGGCUCAUCCCGUCCUACGGCUGGCACUGCCUCUGUGCCCUGGAGAAGUGCUCCAGCAUGGCGCCGCUCUACAGCAGGAGCUACCUGACCUUCUGGGCCAUCUCCAACCUGGUCAUCUUCCUCAUCAUGGUGGUCGUGUACACGCACAUCUUCAUCUACGUGAAGAGGAAGAUGACGCGGAUGUCCAAGCACACCAGCUUCCACCCCCGCUACAAGGAGACCAUGAUCAGCCUCGUCAAGACAGUCACAAUUAUCCUAAGGACAACGAGAUGCGUAGCACAUUCCGGAGGAUCCUCUGCUUCAUCUGUUAUAGGAAUUCCAAAUACACACCCACGGUGGUGAAGUUAAACACCACAGACCGCAGAACACUUUCUCAGAACGGGCACUUUACCGUGGACUCCUCUAUUUAGCUCUUCAGCAUCGCUGCUCUGCGGUGGCCACUUUCUGGAUUAAAAAAAGAGCAGAGGCUAAGAGCAACCUGCUUCUAAAGCAGUAGAGACUUCUCUGUUGUGCUCAAGCAUAAAUGUUUCUAUAGAAUGCUUGUCAUCGAUAAAGGACGAGGUGCUUUUAAGGAACUGCUGAAUGGUGCGUUGUUUAGGACAAACGUACUUUGAGUAGCAUUGUUAUUAAAGACUGCUAUUUCUAAAGCAAGGUUGAUUUAAUUUAGCAGCUUCUAGAAGCAUGCUGUAUGCAACGGGAAUCUCGUGUGAUCUCUCCACAAGGAAAGUAUUCUCGUGGUACUUCAGUAUUACUGCCUUCAGAAAUAGUCAUUCCGGUGGUAGCGUGCUUCAAAGACCCAAAGCCCUUCAGUUUUACUCAUUGCUUCCUAAACAGAGCUGCCUAGUGUUUCCCAAGAGGGUCUUAUUCGGGUUGUGUUCCACACUUUUCAGAAGUCGUAUUCUUCUUAAAGCCUCUUCAGAGAGGAAUCUGUUUGAAUUGCUUCCUGAGAAGCAGAUUCCUGCUUUCCGAAGUGUCUGUUACUGAAUUUCAAAGUAUUUUGGGCUGCUGGAGGGUGUCUUAAGAGCACCUAAUUCUUCCCUAAAAUGGAGAGUGGUGCUGUAACUAACUGCAGUUGUGUUUGUGUUCUGCUAAGUGAUACCAUGUGGUAUGCACAAGUUCAUUGCCUAUUCAUAAAUGUGGAGUGAGUCAUGUUCCCAUUAAACCAUCUUUCUACUCGCUGAAAGCCCUUUGGGACAGGUUUAGGUUAGAUUCCAAGGCAAUCAGUAUUUUUGCCUUAGGUUUUAAUGUGCAGUUUGUACCUUAAUAUUCAACUGCGCCAAUAAUGUGUUAAGUCUGUUCAAAUGUAGUCUUUCUCUCAGCAAAGCACCAUAAGAAGUUAGCAGUAUUAUUUAAUAUCAAUGCGAGUAGGAUCUAGUUUUCUGAGCAAAUCCAUUUGCUGCAUCUGACACGCAAUGUAAACAGUCCCUCUUGAUUGUGAGGCCCUGACUGGAGAGCAGAUGCUCUGCUGGCAGAAGAAUAUUCAUGGCCAAGGAACUGUAAAUGCAUUUUGCAGGUUUCCCUCACCUUCACUUAAAUUUUUAAUGGUGUGAAUGUGCCUGCAUCAGUCCAAAAUCUAUAGUCAUGGGUUUUUGUGAGAGCGGAGAGGCUAAGAGAAGGCAGUUUUUUGAGUAUUUGCAUUGAAGUCUAAACUUGGAAUUUCAGGGUUUUUCAAUAAAAUGGCCUGGUUCUGUCAGAUGACCAGCUUCCUGAUUGAUCACCUCAGGUGACGUGGCAGAGAAGACAACUUACUGGAGGGAUUGUUGUUCAAAUGCACAUGUAUGGACUUUCUUGCAGAACAUGGUCAGGAAAGUGACUGUGUUAAGGUGACGCACUCUUGGAUUGACUAAAACAGCCUUGGAAUAUGGUUCCUGUCUUUGUGUCCCAGAGACUUUUUGAAUAAAUACUUUGUCCUGGGUUUUA